AAAACCUUUUUAACCUACUGUAAAUUACUUCGACAGUUAAUUUGGUUUCUGGAGUUGAAUAUAAGUUUUGUGUCAAUCUCAUCCCGAAUCAACGCGGAGAUAAAAAGAUGUGAAUAAAAAAUGGAAAGAAGUCGAGAAAGUAUUCUAGACGGAUUUCAGUUCCAAAACAGUGACACUUACUGGGAAUUUCGGAGACUCCUCCAAAGAAGACCUCCUAGUAGAUUUUCUGAUGGAUUAUCACGAGAAGCUCGAAUGGUCAUUGAUCAAUUAAAGGAAGAGUCUAAAACAUGCAAUUCAGCACAAACAUCGGAUGAACAUAGUCAUAAUUACACGGACAGACGGUAUUCUAACUUGAAGCCCGCAAAGACUAAGGUAAAAUCCGAAGAACCUCGAAAGAAAAAAAGUGUAACGUAUACCGAUUCGUUGGAGAAAUCCGCUUUACGUUUAGACCGUGACAUAACAGACCCUAAUUUUAAUGAAAAGAAUUUACGUAAGCGCUCUCUAGGUGGCGGGCCUGUGCAAUCAGCUAUGGAAACGAUUGAAAUCGUGAAUGCUUCGGAACCUACGGAAACUACCGAAGAUGAUUUUGCUAUCGAGGAGAUGGCGAAACAUAAUUCUGUGGAAAAAUGUAUAGUGUGGAUGGAAGUAAACGACAAUAAAGAUGAUUCAGAAUCUAUUGCUGGUGCUGUUGCUGAAUGAUUUUCGUUUCUUUUACACCAAGUUUAAAAACACAAUUGAAACUCAAUCGAGAUUACACAUAAUGUAGUUCCAGUUUUCGCAAUCUGUGUUCAUGAUGAAAUUAUAUGAGUUUCUAAAUUAUUUAUUUUUUGGGUUGAUAUGAAGUCUUAUCAAACUGUCAUUAUCUUAAAACGCGUUGUAUUUUUUUUUCAUAUAUGUUAUUUAUUUUUGUAGCUUGAUAACAUAUAAUAUAUAUAUAUAUAUACAAAUAAAAACCUU